AUGGCAUUUCUUGAAACCAUCGUGUUCACACUUAUUUUCUGCAUUCUUUCUGUUUUGUUCUUAGUCCCCUCAAAGGGCCUCCCAUGGAACUGGCCUUUUGUGAAAAUGAUGCCCACCAUGUAUUUCAAUAGCCACAAAAUAUAUGACAAAAUCACACAAGUUUUAGCAGAAAACAAUGACACCAUCUUGUUCAAAACUUCUUGGUUUACAAACAUUGACACUUUAGUCACUAGUGAUCCAUCAAAUGUUCAAUACAUUAUGAACUCAAAGUUCUCUUUGUAUCAAAGAGGAUCAGAAUUCAGAAAUGUUUUCGAUUUUCUCGGAGAUGCGGUCUUCAAUAAAGAUCUCGACGAAUGGAAGGAGGAAAAGAAGUUGACUCAAGCUUUCUUUAGGGAAAAUCAGUACCACAAGUCCACUCCAAAGAUAAUCCAAUAUACUUUGGAAAAAGGCCUCGUUCCAAUUCUUGAGCAUUCUUCGAAAAAUAAUCAAGUACUAGAUUUGCAAACUUUGUUCAAUAGAUAUAUGCUUGAUGCAACUUGCAUUAUGGCCACUGGAUUUGAUCCGGCUUCUCUCCGCAUUGAACUACCCAAUAGUCCAUUGUUGAAGGCCAUGGACGAUAUAGGUGAAGCUGUAUUUUAUCGCCAUAUCUUGCCCGAAAGACUCUGGAAGUUGCAAAGGUGGCUAAGGAUUGGAAAGGAAAAGAAAUUGGCUGAAGCUUCGAAAACCUUCAAUGAAAUACUAAGCAACUAUAUAUCAGUGAAACGCGAAUUAUCAAGCAAAGAAGCAAGGGAUAAAGAAUUAGGUGGAGAGAAUUUCGACGUGUUGAAAUUUUAUCUACUCGAGGCAGGAAAUGAAGGAUCCAUAGAACAUGUAAACAGGGCCUUGAUUGCCAACCUCAUGACCCUCUUUUUUGCUGGAAGGGACACAUCUGGUGCACUCUUAACUUGGUUUUUCUGGCUCAUUUCCAAAAACCCUUCAGUCGAAAACAAGAUCGUCCAAGAAAUUAAGAAAAAUCUUGCAGAAAAUGCAUCCCAAAAACACAUCUUUUCCAAUGUACAAGAGCUAGGAACACUAGUUUAUCUGCAUAGUGCGUUAUGUGAAGCACUAAGACUAUUCCCAACCGGUCCAUUUCUGCUCAGGGUUCCACUUCAAGGAGAUAUUCUUCCAAGUGGACACAAAGUUGAUAAAAACACAAAAAUCAUGCUAUGCUCGUACGCAAUGGGCCGAAAUACAGGGAUAUGGGGAGAAGAUUGCCUCGAAUUCAAGCCGGAGAGAUGGUUAUCGGAUAAAGGAGGGAUUAAACAUGUGGCAUCAAACAACUUUCUUGCAUUCAGUUCAGGACCAUGGACCUGCCCUGGCAAAGAAUUGGCUUUUACUAGAAUGAAAGCUGUUGCAGCCACCAUGAUACAUAAUUUCCAUGUUCGCAUAUUGGAUGGUCAGAAUAUUGUUCCUAGUAUUUCUGCAAUACUCACUAUGAAGCAUGGUUUGAAGGCAGCAAUAUCCAAAAGAUGA